UCAAAUCAGCUGAUGUUGAUUUUGUCAUGUAAAUAAAUUAACCUCAAAUAAUCAAUCGGCCAAUUGCUUGAUCAUUAUUGUUAUACUUUUUAUUUUUAUAACAGUUAAUUCACUAUUUUUAUGCAUACUAAAGAACAAUGGCUAAUCAUCUAGCAGGUGGAAAAGUUAAUAUCGCUUUGCUUCAAGAAGCAGCUAGGAAUCACUUUUUGAAUCUUUUGCAGAAAUGCGAUGGAACAAAGGCUAUUGUUUGGGACGAGUCCCUCGCUGGCCCUGUGGGAUUGAUUGCAAAGUACAGCGUGCUGAGGGAAAAUCAAGUGGAGAAAAUGUAUCACUUACGACAUGGGCGUCUUCCAUCCACCAAUGUCAAAAACAUCAUCUUCAUUACACGCCCACAUAUACAUUUAAUCGAUAUGAUAGCUGACAAUGUCCAUGGGGAAGAGAAGAGUGGCAUUCGGCGAGAAUUCUUUCUAUACUACCUACCAAGAAAAAGCUUGCUUUGUGAGAAGAGACUCAAAAGCCGUGGAGUUUAUGGAAAUUUCACGUUUGAGGAACUGCCAAUCGAUUUCUUCCCUUUCGAUAAUGAUCUCAUCUCUAUGGAAUUGGAAUCUGCAUUCAAGGAGUACCAUCUUGAGAACGACACAUCGUGCUACUAUCAGGCAGCCCAGGCAAUCAUGACACUACAGGACUUGUACGGAGUGAUACCAAGAGUGUCAGGCAAGGGCGAUGCUGCGAAACUGGUCUACGAACUGAUGAAGAAGUUGUCGGCUGAACCACAGCAACCGUCUCCGAACACCGUUUCUCAAAUCGAUCACAUUCUGCUCAUUGAUCGAGCUGUUGACCUGCUUUCUCCGCUGGCUACACAAUUGACCUACGAGGGUUUGAUUGAUGAGAUAUUCGAGAUCAACAACACCACAGUCCAAUUACCAGCCGAUAAAUUUAACAGUGAGGAUGAACCCAGUGAAAUAAUGGCAGGAAAGAAACAAGUGAUUUUAAACUCUGCAGAGGAACUAUUUGCAGAAAUUAGAAAUAAGAACUUCAAUGGCGUCGGACCAGUGUUGACGCGGAAAGCGAAGACGAUAGCGUCGGACUUCGAAGACAGGCACAAGCAAGGCGUGCAAGAGAUGAAACAGUUUGUGUCACGCUUGCCUCAGCUGAUGGCCGCCAAGAAGUCAUUGGCAGUUCAUACUGCGAUAGCCGAAUUAAUAAAAGAAGUAACCGAUUCGGAAAAGUUUCUCUCAUCUCUUCAAAUGGAGCAAGAGAUGAUGCUGGGUGUCGAUACAGAUAAAGUUCAUCCUUACAUUGAAGACUGCAUAGCUCAUCAAGACCCUUUAAUAAAAGUUUUAAGGUUGAUCUGCCUCCAGUCUGUAACGAAUAGUGGAUUAAAACCCAAAGUUAUGGAAUUCUAUAAAAGAGAAAUCCUUCAAACAUACGGAUUCCAGCAUAUUCUUACUCUGACCAACCUAGAGAAAGCUAAUAUUCUCAAACUUCAGCAAGGAAACAGAAGCUACACAGUUCUGAGGAAAGUGCUGCACUUGACAGUGGAAGACAACAGCGAGGUAGCCCCUCGUGACAUCAGCUACGUGCACAGUGUGUACGCGCCGCUGUCAGUGCGGCUGGCUGAGCACCUGUUGCGGCCCACCGGCUGGAAGAGCCUCAACGACAACCUGGGACUGCUUUUGGGACCCACUGUUGACGAGUACCAGAUACUGCCCAAGGGACAAGCCGCUAGACGAGGAUCAAUCAAUAGCCAGUCAUCACAUGGAGAUUCCACGAAAACUAUUCUCGUAUUUUUCUUGGGUGGAUGUACAUUUGCUGAAAUCUCAGCUCUGAGAUUUCUCUCGCAAAAGGAUGACUCUUGCGAGUUUGUGAUUGCCACCACCAAACUGAUCAAUGGAAACUCAUUCUUGAAAACCCUUUUUGAAGAUCUACCGUCAUCAAAAUCAGCAUGAAUAUGAAUGACAGGAGGAUUCCCAAAUUGUUGAAUGUCUAAAAUAUCUCAAUAUUUUUUUUUUCAAAAGUUUAACAUAGAAUGUAAUAUUGGUUUCAUAGUCAUUAAGAUAAAUCUUGAGCAUUAGUUUACCAUGUCUAAUUUGUUUAAUUAUUUAUUUCGCUAGAUUAUUUAUCAUUUCAAUAUUGGUCUAGUAAAUAUAUCAAUACUCACUUGAAAGUGUAUAUUUCUAGUUUCAUAAAAGAACAAAAAUUCGUUUUUAUUGUAAUUAUUGUACUAUACAUAGUUUAUGUAUUAAACUCUGCUGUAUUCAGUAUUUCAUUGCCAAUAUUUAUUUGAUAUGAUUGUAAAGUAUAUAUUUUUCUUUAUAUUCCUUAGUACAGUAGAACUUGAUAAUAUUAUUGAAUAAUGUAUUGUUUGAAUAAAUUUAUUUAUUCUGUUUGA